GGGCAAGUAAAUACAGUAAGGUAAGGUAAAUUUAUGUCAGUAAUCAGGGCACGGGCACGGGCACGGGCACGAGCACGAGCACCGUACAGCAACCCCACCGACUGACUAGGUAGGGUAGCUCGGUACAGUAGGUACCUUACCUCACCUUCCAUACCCUACCUACAACCAAGCCUACCUUCCUACCUAUUGUACGACCCAGCCCACGCCCAAGACCAAGGCUGGCCAAACCAAAACACAGCUUCCAUACGGAGGUACCACGAAACUAAUCCUACCUCAAGGUAGGUAAUUACUGACGCCGAGCGAACGGCAGGCAAGGUUUGGUUGAGAGACAGGACACACCAAGAUCAGAUCAGACAAGCUAGGACUCGACUAGGACCAGAGGCAGGAGCAGGACAGCACUGCACUGCACUGCACAGGAUAAAAUAGAUAAAACUCCCAGGUCCCCCUCCAGCUUGAACCAUUUCCUCGUCCUUGUAUCAUUCUCGUUCUCGUUCUCGUUCUCAUUCUCAUCAACUCGAGCUGCCCCUCCUCCAUCGCCAUACAAUUACUCCCUACCUGCACCCUGUCAACACCGCUUAUCCGGGUUGGGUUGAGUUGAUCCCAACCAGCUACUUGGUAGCGUUGCUGGAGAAGCUCUGUUCGAAUCAGCUCAAUCUAAUCCAAUCCAAUUGACCCCUCAUCCAUUCCUCCCCACCCACCACGGUGUCCGGUUGAGCUCGGCUCUUCGCUCCCUAUUGCAGCGCAGCCGGCGCCCGCAUAGCUUGCCUUGGUUGCAUUGUCAACACCCAAGCUCCGUUCAUUGUUCACUGCUCGUUCCUUUCCUCCUGUCCCCAAAACACCACUGCAAUCAUGACGGACAACCACGAUCCCAAUGGCGCUUACAGCGAGGUCUUUGAGGAGGGCAAGGACUCGCAGCAAUCGCAAAACAUUCACCGCAUCCGCGCCAAUUCUAGUAUCAUGCAACUGAAGAAGAUCCUCGUGGCCAAUCGAGGAGAAAUCCCUAUUCGUAUCUUCCGUACUGCCCACGAACUUUCACUCCAGACCGUCGCAGUCUUCAGUUAUGAGGACCGACUUAGCAUGCACAGACAGAAAGCCGAUGAAGCUUAUGUUAUCGGAAAGCGCGGACAAUAUACUCCAGUUGGUGCUUACCUGGCGGGGGACGAGAUCAUCAAGAUUGCCCUGCAACAUGGAGUCCAGAUGAUUCAUCCUGGUUACGGAUUCCUGUCCGAAAAUGCAGAAUUUGCUCGAAAUGUUGAGAAGGCUGGCCUCAUCUUUGUCGGACCUUCCCCGGAAGUUAUCGAUUCGCUUGGCGACAAGGUCUCUGCGAGAACCCUUGCUAUCAAGGCCGGCGUGCCAGUCGUUCCUGGAACCGAGGGAGCAGUCGACAAAUUCGAAGAUGUGAAGAAGUUUACUGAUGAAUAUGGAUUCCCGAUUAUUAUCAAGGCAGCAUAUGGAGGCGGUGGACGUGGUAUGAGAGUUGUCCGAGAGCAGAAGGACUUGGAAGAUUCCUUCCAGAGAGCCACCUCUGAGGCCAAAUCUGCUUUUGGCAAUGGCACUGUCUUUGUGGAGCGAUUCCUCGACAAGCCCAAGCACAUCGAGGUUCAACUUCUGGGAGACAACCAUGGAAACAUCGUUCAUUUGUAUGAGCGUGAUUGUUCCGUCCAGCGAAGACAUCAAAAGGUGGUCGAACUUGCCCCCGCCAAGGAUCUCCCGGCCGAUGUCAGAGACAACCUCUUAAAAGAUGCUGUAAAGCUCGCCAAGUCAGUCAACUACCGUAAUGCUGGAACUGCGGAGUUCUUGGUUGACCAAAAGAACCGCUACUACUUCAUCGAGAUCAACCCUCGUAUCCAGGUCGAGCACACCAUCACUGAGGAGAUCACUGGCAUUGAUCUUAUUGCCGCUCAGAUCCAAAUCGCUGCAGGCGCCACAUUGGCUCAGCUUGGACUUACCCAGGACCGAAUCUCUACCCGAGGUUUUGCUAUCCAGUGCCGUAUCACGACGGAAGACCCUGCAAAGGGUUUCUCGCCAGAUACCGGAAAGAUUGAGGUUUACAGAUCGGCUGGUGGUAAUGGUGUCAGAUUGGAUGGUGGAAAUGGAUUUGCAGGUGCAAUCAUUACUCCCCACUACGACUCUAUGCUUGUGAAAUGCACUUGCCAUGGUUCUACCUAUGAAAUCGCUCGCCGCAAGAUGCUUCGUGCAUUGGUCGAAUUCCGCAUCCGUGGUGUCAAAACCAAUAUACCUUUCUUGGCAUCUCUUCUCACCCAUCCAACAUUCAUCGAAGGCACUUGCUGGACUACUUUUAUUGACGAUACGCCUGAGCUUUUCGAUCUUGUUGGCAGUCAAAACCGUGCCCAGAAGCUACUCGCGUAUCUUGGUGAUGUUGCCGUCAAUGGUAGCAGUAUUAAGGGACAGAUCGGUGAGCCCAAAUUCAAGGGCGACAUCAUCAUGCCUGAGCUCUUCGAUGAUGCUGGAAAGAAGAUCGAUACCAGUGUUCCAUGCCAGAAGGGAUGGAGAAACAUUAUUGUUGAGGAGGGCCCAGAGGCUUUCGCGAAGGCUGUCCGAAAGAAUAAGGGAUGCCUACUCAUGGAUACGACUUGGCGUGAUGCUCACCAGUCGCUUCUCGCUACGCGUGUGAGAACAGUUGACCUGUUGAACAUCGCUAAGGAAACCAGCCAUGCUUACAGCAACCUCUACAGUCUCGAGUGCUGGGGUGGUGCCACUUUCGAUGUUGCCAUGCGUUUCCUCUAUGAAGAUCCAUGGGACAGACUCCGGAAGAUGCGAAAGUUGAUUCCCAACAUCCCCUUCCAAAUGUUGCUCCGUGGCGCCAAUGGAGUGGCGUACUCAUCGCUACCAGACAAUGCAAUCUUCCACUUCUGUGAGCAAGCAAAGAAGCACGGAGUGGAUAUUUUCAGAAUUUUCGAUGCCUUGAAUGAUAUUGCACAACUUGAGGUUGGUAUCAAGGCUGUGCACAAGGCCGGCGGUGUUGUUGAAGGAACGGUGUGCUUCAGUGGCGACAUGCUUAAUCCCAACAAGAAGUACAACCUUGAGUACUACUUGAACCUGGUCGAUGAACUUGUUGCCCUCAAGAUCCACAUUCUUGGAAUCAAGGACAUGGCUGGCGUUUUGAAACCAAAAGCUGCGACUCUCCUCAUUGGCGCCAUUCGCAAGAAGUAUCCAGAUCUUCCCAUUCAUGUUCACACCCAUGAUUCCGCUGGAACAGGUGUUGCCUCGAUGGUUGCAUGUGCAAACGCUGGUGCCGAUGCUGUUGACACUGCAACUGAUUCCAUGAGCGGAAUGACCAGUCAGCCAUCUGUUGGUGCAGUCUUGGCUUCUCUGGAAGGUUCCGAUCUCUAUCCGGGCCUCAACGUUCAUCAUGUCCGCGCGAUUGACACCUACUGGGCUCAGUUGCGUUUGCUCUACUCGCCUUUUGAAGCUGGCCUCAAUGGACCCGACCCAGAAGUGUACGAACACGAGAUCCCUGGAGGUCAAUUGACGAAUAUGAUGUUCCAAGCCUCUCAACUUGGUCUUGGUGCUCAAUGGGCUGAGACCAAGAAGGCCUACGAACAAGCAAAUGACUUACUGGGCGACAUCGUCAAAGUUACUCCAACAUCGAAGGUAGUUGGCGAUUUAGCUCAGUUCAUGGUCUCCAACAAGCUUAACUUCGAUGACGUUCAAAAGAAGGCUGGCGAGCUUGAUUUCCCAGGAUCAGUUCUCGAGUUCUUCGAAGGUCUCAUGGGCCAGCCAUACGGAGGAUUCCCCGAACCCCUCAGAACAAAUGCCCUUCGUGGUAGACGCAAGCUUGAUAAGCGACCUGGUCUGACCUUGGAGCCUCUCGAUCUUGCAAAGAUCAAGAAGGAUAUUUACAACAAGUACGGAAGUGUUACCGAAUGUGAUGUCGCCAGCUACGCCAUGUACCCCAAGGUGUUCGAAGAUUACCGCACUUUUAUCCAAAAGUAUGGUGAUCUGAGUGUCCUACCAACUAGAUACUUCUUGUCAAAGCCAGAGAUUGGAGAGGAAUUCCACGUUGAGCUUGAGAAGGGCAAGGUCCUCAUCUUAAAGCUUCUUGCCGUUGGUCCUUUGUCGGAUACCACUGGCCAGAGAGAGGUUUUCUACGAGAUGAAUGGCGAGGUUCGUCAAGUCACAGUCGAUGAUAAUAACGCUGCUGUUGAGAAUACCAGCAGACCCAAGGCCGAUCCUGGAGACAGCAGCCAAGUUGGAGCACCUAUGUCUGGUGUUGUUGUUGAGAUUCGUGUCAAGGACGGUGGCGAGGUCAAGAAGGGUGAUCCAAUUGCUGUCCUGAGCGCAAUGAAGAUGGAAAUGGUUAUCUCCGCGCCCCACGCUGGCAAGGUCGGUUCCAUCCAGAUCAAGGAGGGUGACUCGGUCGGAGGAUCAGAUCUUAUCUGUAAGAUUGUCAAGCCAGGUGACAAGUAGAUAUUUUGAGCGUCUUUUGGAGCAUGGGGAAAUGGGCUGAAGGAAACGAAGUGGAUGAUGAUGAAUAGACGAUACGAGCAGCAGUCUUAAGGAUUUGCUUGUUGAUUGGAAGGUUAUAACACGUUCUUACUUGACCUAGUCAUGAUUACUCGCGCACCCAUUCAGUCUGUCAAUGAAUGAUAUCAAUAACUUUCUCUAUAUACUGUAUCGAAAAACUGCUUUUUUUUCAGCAUCAAAUGUGGUCUCGGGAGCAUCUAUAAUUGAACGACACUCGGGAGGACACAACAAGCAUCUCACACAGCACAGCAAUGAAUUUAAAUGGAUCUCGGAACUCCAGUCACGGCCCCUUCUGGGAAUGCAAGAAAGUUUUGUUGCAAGUCGCAGGCCGCCCUCUUUGUCGCCCUUUUCGGACUUCUCUACCGCCCUCUCGCCGUCCACCAAUCAUCUUCUGGCAACGCGCAUGAGGGCGGUCUUUGUUGCACGCCGCGGAGGUGAGUUGGCCUCCCACAUUCCUCACCCCGCCUCUGGAAAGCUCGUUUCUCGAAAAUUUGGAGGUGAAGAUGAGGUGGUGUUGACUUGAAAUUGUGGGUCAGGGGAGAUGAUCGAGCGCUAGAGGUUUCCAUCGAAGGAGAAACCGUUUCAGCGAAAUUUGCGGGUUUGAGGGCGGGUUUUGACAGUUUGAAUGAUGAAAAACAGAUGUAGAGAAGUGAGCCUUUGGAAAGGCUUAUGCUCGGUACUGCCUGGUGUGGGAGGGCGAGAUUUACGGGUUGUGAUUGGAUGAUCUGAGAACAUCAAGAGCAUGUACUCGAGUACAGUACUUACGUCCCCAGUGCCCCACAAGCAUCAUAGACAA